GUCAACAACUGCAUAGCGCGUGAAAGUGUCGUUGAUGGUUUGACCCCAGUGGUUUGACCAGUGGUUUCACCGAAGAUUUCUCACUAAACAAACAGGUCCUGCCUGGUUUUUCUCAAGCUGUCUUCGGGGUCGUACCUCUUGCCGCCAUCGGUUGAACUUCCCGGCGAGGAGAAGUCCCUUGUUUGCAUGGGAAAGGAGGUACUUUCCCAUCUCUUUGCAGCCAGCAUCUCAAGUGGUGCUGUGCGUCCCUCUUCAUCUUGCGAAACUCCCUACGAACCUGACCUUGGGCAGCAAUUCAAAUGGAACCGAUUCAGUCCUCAAGCAAUGGUGAUGGAGCCACAUCGUUAGGGGAAACCAGCUGCCCACUGAAAGUCACAGAGGGCAUCUGGUUCAGAUGCUGUUCCUGUACCUAUAUCACCAGAGAUCAGCGUGUAAUUGUGAGCCACCUGGCUGCCCAUGGCGAUGAAAAAUCCAAGUUUCAGCACCUUUCCAUGUCUGGCUCUACGUCCCAAGUGCUUAGCAACACCCAAGGGCAGAAGAGUGAAAAGCCAUUUAAGUGCAAGCUUUGCCUCAAAGAGUUUGCUUAUAAUUCUCUUUUGACCUGUCAUAAUCGAAAACACACUGGUGAAAAGCCAUUUAAGUGCAUGCAAUGUCACAAAGCCUUUGCUUUGAGUAAAAAUCUAAUCUAUCACAAUCGAACACACACAGGUGAAAAGCCAUUUAAGUGCAAGCUUUGCCCCGAAGAGUUUGCUUGUAAUUCCCUUCUGACCUACCAUCAUCAUUUGCACACUGGUAAAAAGCCAUUUAAGUGCUUGCAAUGCCCCAAAGCCUUUGCUCAAAAUUCCCAUCUGCGAGUCCAUAAUCGAAUCCACACAGGUGAAAAGCCAUUUAGGUGCAGUCACUGCCCCAAAGCUUUUGCUCGAAAUUCUGAUCUACGAAGCCAUAAUCAUUUGCACACUGGUGAAAAACCAUUUAAGUGCAAGCAGUGCCCCCAAGCCUUUGCUCAAAAUCAUAAUCUACGAAGCCAUAAUUACUUGCACACUGGUGAAAAGCCAUUUAAGUGCGAGCACUGCCCCAAAACCUUUGCUAAUAAUUCGUCUCUGAGAAGUCAUAAUCGAAUGCACACUGGUGAAAAGCCAUUCAAGUGCAAGUGGUGCCCCAAAGCCUUUGCUCAGAGUAGCGGCCUGAUCUACCACAAUCGAACACACACAGGUGAAAAGCCAUUUAAGUGCAAGGAGUGCUCCAAAGCCUUUACUCAAAACUCUUAUCUGAGAUGCCAUUAUCAAACACACACUGGUGAAAAACCAUUUAAAUGCAAGCAGUGCCCCCAAGCCUUUGCUCGAAGUUCCCAUCUACGAAGCCAUAAUUAUUUUCACACUGGUGAAAAGCCGUUUAAGUGCAAGCAGUGCCCCCUAGCCUUUGCUCGAAAGUCCAGUCUGCAAAGCCAUAGUCGAACGCAUACAGGUGAAAAGCCAUUUAAGUGCAAGCAGUGCUUCCAAGCCUUUUCUCAUCGUGGCAGUCUGAUCCACCAUUAUCGAAAACAGUGUUGAAAGAAAGACUAGGGUCUUUAACUUUUUAUUUUUCAUUUAUCAUGCUCAAAUUUAGUGUACUGGUGUAUUUCUCAGUGAUGAUUUCAA